AUGGCGUCCAGGCUUGAUCGUCUUGUUACGAUCCUUGAGACAGGAAGUACGAAGUUGAUAAAGGAUACCGCCGUCAACCAGUUAGCAGACUGGCAAAAACAGCACCCCGAAGAAUUAUUUAACCUACUAUCAAGAGUAGUACCUUAUUUACGCCACAAAGACUGGGAUACCAGAGCCACUGCAGCUAAGGCUCUUGGCAAGAUCAUUGAAAAUGCCCCUUUUUAUGAUCCCAAUGACGAUGAAGAUCCUACCGCAGCAAAGAAAGAAGAGCCUAGUGGAGAAAACGGAUUCGUAAAAAAGGAAGAAGACGACAUAUCAUCAUUAUCCUUAGAUGAGUACUUUAAGCCCGAGACAUUGGAUGUCUCGACUGUACUCAAAUACGGCAGAGAAUUACUGAGGACAGGUAACGUAGAUUACAAUGUUGCGAGCCUUGAGCCCCAAGCUCGACUUUGCCACCAGAAGAAGACCCUCACGGGUCGACUAGGAUUACUAGGAAGGUUGUUCGAAGACGAAGAGAUACCUAUUACGGCUGAAAAAUCAGCUAGUCCCUUUACGCCGCAAGAUGCUAAUCCCACAAACGGUCUAUCUCGCCAGGACAGUAUCGCCGGCAACCCAUCCGGUCAACCAACUGAAGAGUCAGGUCUAAGUGCUCGGCAGCUCAACGUUCUUAAACGGAAACGGAAAAGAGAUGCGCAAAAAGCGGCGCAAGGGAAGAGUGGGUUUGGCGACUUGUCAAUACGCCGUUCCUAUACUGCUGGGUCGGAUUUAGUCGAUGAUACCCCCAUGCCUGACGCUGAUUCUAAAAAGGGCGGGAAAACGGAUUACUUCAGUCUCGAUAGACCAGCUGACGUGGAUGAAGACACAAAAGUCGUUUCCGAAUUCAAGGGUCCCGUCGUUCCCAUCAAAACGGAAAUUGAGACAGAGGAUGAAUUGGAAGGAUCAGAAUGGCCGUACGAGCGUCUCUGCGAGUUCCUCAAAAUCGAUAUCUUUGAUGCACAAUGGGAGACACGUCACGGUGCUGCAUUAGGUCUGCGAGAAAUACUGCGAGUGCAUGGCGCUGGUGCAGGUCGGCUAAGAGGAAAGUCGAGGACCGAGAAUGACACGCUUAACAGAAAAUGGCUCGAUGACAUGGCCUGCCGGCUCUGCUGCGUCCUUAUGCUAGACAGAUUCACCGACUAUGCUUCAGAUACAUCCGUUGCGCCAAUUCGAGAAACUGUCGGCCAAACUUUGGGUUCAUUUCUAAAACAUGUACCGCCACAAUCCGUUUACAGCGUCUACCGCAUCCUGCUGAGAAUGGUGAUGCAACAAGACCUUGAUCUAGACAGACCUGUGUGGCCUGUCUGCCACGGCGGCAUGGUGGGGUUACGAUACGUCGUUGCUGUGAGGAAAGAUUUACUACUUCAACACAACGACAUGAUCGAUGGCAUAGUCGAAGCCGUCAUGAAAGGCCUUAGUGAUAACGAUGAUGACGUCCGAUCUGUCAGCGCGGCCACAUUAAUUCCUAUAGCCCAAGAAUUCGUUACGCUCAAGCCAGCAGCGCUUAACGAGAUGAUAAACAUCGUAUGGGAAAGUCUCUCCAGUUUAGGCGAUGACUUAAGUGCCAGCACCGGUAAAAUAAUGGAUCUAUUAGCUACUCUUUGUAGCUUCCCGGCGGUCUUGGAGGCAAUGAAGAAUUCGGCCGAGCAAGACGAGGAAAGGUCUUUCACUCUCCUUGUACCACGAUUAUACCCAUUUCUACGCCAUACUAUCACUUCGGUUCGUCUUGCUGUCCUAAAGGCUUUGAUGACUUUUGUCAAUCUUGGCGUGGAGUCUCAAGGCUGGCUUGAUGGUAGGAUUCUUCGAUUAAUCUUCCAAAACAUACUCGUGGAACGUGACCAAGAAACUCUUAAUAUGUCUAUAGAGCUAUGGACCGCUCUAGUAAGAUGCUUGGCCAAGGAUCCCGAGAACCUCGCAAGCGAAUUCGCCCCUCACAUCGAUGCUCUCAUGCAACUUACCUUACAUCCUGUAGGAGUACCUCGACACCCUAUACCUAUGAAUGGUGUGCUCUUCCUAAAGCCCUCCGGAGGCACUUAUUCCGUGCCUGGCUUUGCUCCUCCAGUUGCACGCAAGGGCUCUGAACCAGAUGGAGAGCGGGCUACGAAGAGGCGAAAGAAGUCGACUAAAAUUGACGAUCCCCUCCCCGCAACCCAUUCCCAUGAUCUUGAUGGUCACAUGAUGCAGGGGGAUGUAGACCUCGUUGGUAUGGAUACUCUCAUCCGCUCUCGAGUGUCGGCUGCCGCAGCGAUGGGCUUGAUUAUGUCCCUCGUACCUACACAGCACCUGGAUUCUUUUGACGCCACUCUCGUCCCAGGACUCACAUCGUCCUAUUCAUCCACACAGCUCGCCGCGUGCAUAGUGAUUGAUGAGUAUGCCCGAAGUUCUGUUACAUCUCAACCUGACACUGCACGAUAUGUGAAUGCGCUACAGAAGAUUAUAGAUUCAGAUCGACCUGCGCAAUAUCGCGAUCUAGUCAGCUACGUGCAACGGGUACGAUCCCAAUGCCAACAGCUCAUGAAUCUCUUCAGGGAUCAUGGAAAGGUUCCUCAACAUAAGCUCCCAGCUCUUGCUGUCGUUGUGCAAGGCGAGGCAGAAGCAGGCCCGGGUGCUUUCUCUCUUUCCACGGCUGACAAGUGUAUUAAUGAUGAUUUCGAACGACUUAAGAAGGCCAUGGCACCAGCGCAACGCUUAAUUGCCAAUCAUCAACUCUCAGAAGUCCGAGCCAGCACGUUAACAGCAAUUGAGGAUUCCAAAUCUAUCAAAGACACGCGGGACGUCCGUAUAAAGGCAGCAGCAGCAUGUGCUCUGAUAGCAAUGAAAGUGUUGCCGAAGAAGCCAAGCCCACUGAUCAAAGCCAUCAUGGAUAGCAUCAAACUUGAGGAAAAUCAACAGCUUCAGACCCGCUCCGCCGACACGAUCGGUCGGUUGGUCCAACUAUUCACAGAUAAAGGUCGCCGAGGACCUGCAGACAAGGUUGUCUCCAAUCUAGUCAAAUUCUCUUGUGUUGAGGUGGCCGAGACCCCCGAAUUCCCAGUUCACGCAACGAAGACCGAUGUUAUUUUAUCCAUGCAAAAAGAAGAAGACAGAGUUGAUCAUGGCUCUGAUGCCGCCAAGUUCGCCCGGGAGGCUAAGGGUGCUCGCAUAACCCGAAGGGGAGCGAAGGAAGCUCUUGAGAUUCUAUCCCGCACGUUCGGCGCAGACAUAUUCACCAUAGUCCCAAGCCUGAGAACAUUUAUGGAAGAUCCCCUGAUAAAAGCCUUCUCAGGAGAGUUGCCUGCCGAAGCGAAGGACCCCGAAAGCACGUUUGGUCAAGAAAUUGUAGAUGCUAUGUCAGUCAUCCGGACCAUGACACCAACUUUAGAUAAAGCACUGUAUCCGUUCGUCAUGCAGCAGGUUCCGCUAAUUAUCAAAUCGCUACAUUCGGAACUUUCCGUGUUCCGAUACAUGGCUGCGAAAUGCUUGGCAACUAUUUGCAGUGUUAUUACUGUUGAGGGCAUGACCGCCCUCGUAGAAAAGGUCUUACCUUCAGUCAAUAACCCCGUUGAUCUACACUUCCGCCAAGGUGCAAUAGAGGUCAUUUACCAUCUGAUUGCAGUCAUGGGCGACGGCAUUCUACCUUACGUCAUCUUCCUUAUUGUACCAGUCCUAGGUCGCAUGAGCGAUUCCGAUAAUGACAUUCGCCUUAUCGCAACUACAUCUUUCGCUACAUUAGUUAAACUAGUGCCGCUUGAGGCUGGUAUCCCCGAUCCUCCUGGUCUCUCUGAAGAGCUAUUGAAAGGUAGGGAUCGUGAAAGGACAUUCAUUGCCCAACUUCUUGACCCCAAGAAAGUCGAACCGUUCAAGAUUCCAGUCGCAAUCAAUGCCGAACUGCGCUCAUACCAACAAGAUGGUGUCAACUGGCUCCAUUUCCUCAAUAAGUAUCAUCUACAUGGUAUUCUUUGCGACGAUAUGGGGCUCGGAAAAACUCUCCAGACUCUUUGUAUUGUCGCGAGUGAUCAUUACAACAGAGAAGAAGAGUUCAAGAGAACCGGUGCUUCAGAUGUGCGAAAACUCCCAUCUCUUAUUGUCUGUCCACCGACGCUUUCAGGGCAUUGGCAGCAAGAGUUGAAGACCUUCGCGCCGUUCCUGAGUGUCACGGCCUUUGUAGGACCUCCUGCAGAGAGAAGAGCCAAGGCCGUUCAGUUCGCAUCCACUGAUAUUGUCAUUACUUCAUACGAAGUCUGCCGCAAUGAUUCCGAGUAUCUCGAGAAGCAGAGUUGGAAUUACAUCGUACUCGACGAAGGCCACUUGAUCAAAAAUCCAAAAGCAAAGAUUACCCUUGCUGUCAAGAAAUUCGCAAGCAACCACCGUUUGAUUCUAACCGGUACCCCAAUCCAGAACAAUGUCUUGGAGCUCUGGUCUCUCUUCGACUUCCUGAUGCCUGGCUUCCUUGGUGCCGAGAAAGUAUUCUUAGAUCGGUUUGCAAAACCAAUUGCCGCUAGUCGUUUUAGUAAGGCUUCGUCUAAAGAGCAAGAAGCCGGUGCCUUAGCAAUCGAAGCCUUGCACAAGCAGGUCCUACCAUUCUUACUUCGCCGCUUGAAAGAAGAAGUUCUUGACGACCUUCCACCUAAGAUCCUUCAGAACUACUACUGUGAUCUUAGCGAUCUACAGAGGAAGCUCUUCGAAGAUUUUACGAAGAAACAGGGCAAGAAACUCACGGAAGAGGCUAGCAAAGAAGAUAAAGAAGCCAAGUCUCACAUCUUCCAGGCAUUACAAUACAUGCGGAAACUAUGUAACUCUCCAGCACUCGUCAUGACACCAAGCAACAAGCUUUAUGAUGAUACCCAACGUUUCCUUGCCAAACAAGGAACUAGCAUAGAGGAUCCAGUGCACGCUCCUAAGCUAACUGCCCUCAAAGAUUUGUUGGUUGAUUGUGGUAUUGGAAUUGAGGGUACUGACUCUAAUGAUCCACUUUACCAGCCAAUCAAACCACACCGCGCUUUAAUCUUCUGCCAAAUGAAAGAGAUGCUUGAUAUGGUCCAAAAUACAGUGCUGAAGCGCAUGUUGCCUUCCGUUUCGUAUUUGCGGCUCGAUGGCUCGGUCGAGGCAAAUAAGAGACAGGAUAUCGUUAACAAGUUCAACAAGGAUCCUUCUUAUGAUUGUCUACUUCUCACUACUAGUGUUGGUGGACUUGGUCUCAACCUUACAGGAGCAGAUACCGUCAUUUUCGUUGAGCAUGAUUGGAACCCCCAGCGGGAUCUACAGGCUAUGGACCGCGCUCACCGAAUCGGACAGAAGAAGGUCGUCAACGUGUACCGACUAAUUACGAGAGGUACUUUGGAAGAAAAGAUCUUGAGCCUUCAAGCAUUUAAGAUAGAUGUUGCAUCUACCGUGGUGAAUCAACAGAAUGCUGGCUUGGGAACUAUGGACACGGACCAAAUACUGGACCUCUUCAGUCUGGGCGAUUCAGGACCUAACAUGUUAUCUGACAAACCUAAGAACGCGGUCGAGGGACGUGAGGAGGACAUGGUGGACGUCGAGACGGGAGAUGUGAGAGCUCCAGGUAAAAAGGCAUGGGCAGAUGAUCUAGGAGAGCUCUGGGAUAACCGUCAGUACGAGGAAAGCUUCGAUUUAGAUGGCUUCCUCAAGACGAUGACAUAA